AUGUUUUUUUCGACGGCUUCUGUUCCGCGAGUGGCAUCGCGACUGUCACGUCCAAUUGGCUUUGGUGAGUCGCUGCGACGAGCCAACCAUACUCAAUCCCCGCGGGUGGCUGUUUUGUUCCAAGCUAUUGACCCCCCGAUUAUUGGCGGUGUUCGCAAGCCUCGUAAACCUGGUGGCUAUCAGGAUUCCGGUGCAGACAUUGCAUAUACUCUACAAUCCAAAGGAAUCCGGAGCAUCACGCCCGAGCCUUCCCCUCAACUAGAGGUUGAUCAAGGCUGGUGUUUCGCGGACACUGAAGAGGGUAUUGAAUCCGCCUUGAGCAAGGGAGCUACUCAUCUGUGGGCCAACACCAUUCUCUUCAACGCUCACCCCCUCCAGAGCUCUCAGAAACUGUCUCGUCAUGCUUCUGAAGUCUAUGUCGUGGGGCAACCACCAGCUCUCGUCGAGAACUUUGAUGAUAAGGCCUACUUGAAUGGCAAGCUUGGCCAGCUCGGUGGUUUCACGCUCCCAAAGUCAUGGCUUGCGUCAGAUACUGCUACACUAGAGAAUUGCCUUUCAUCUAUCAGCAGGUACCCGGUGGUGGGGAAGCCAGUCCGUGGAAGAGGUAGUCAUGGCGUGAAAGUUUGCCAUGACCCGGUGGGACUGAAAGAUCAUGUGCAGAAGUUGCUGCAGGAAUCACCGCUGGUAAUGAUUGAAGAGUAUUUACCUGGGGAAGAGGCCACCAUUACUGUUAUGCCUCCGUCUCCCGAAGUGUCAGAAUAUUGGAGUAUGCCUCCGGUCACAAGAUUCAACCAUGCUGAUGGCAUUGCUCCCUACAAUGGCGUGGUGGCCGUUUCCUCCAAUUCCCGAGUGGUGACAGAAAGUGAAAUGAAGGACCCAGCAUAUCACAAGAUAAUGAACGAAUGCGUUCGCGUAGCAAAGCUUAUAAAAGCGACGGCACCAAUCCGGGUGGAUGUUCGGCGAUUUUGCGAGGGCUCUGAGUUUGCUCUUUUCGAUAUUAAUAUGAAACCGAACAUGACUGGGCCUGGUAGACCCGGUCGCGAAAGUCAAGCCAGUCUAACGGCGAUUGCGGCUGCAGCCCUCGGAUGGGAUUACGGGACCCUUUUGAAGCAAAUACUGGCUACGGCUCAACCUCUCGCUUCGUUCCGUUCGUACCGUAGUCCAUUUUAG